GUUAUGUGAGCUUUCAUGUCUUGUGUCCUAUGGGGAAGCACGUGGACAGCUGUGGCAAUUGACAGUAACUUCCUAAGACAACGGAAACAAAAUAUUUUUGGCACUAAUCAGUCAAAAUAAUUCAUAGACAUGCCCCCCAAAUUCAAGCCGGGAGGCAAACGAUUUCCUCCAAAAGUCACCCCUAAGCCAGUACCUCAGCAAGUCCGAACACCUCCUGGAGAUUCAGAACCAUCGACCAGUGGACUGGAUAUCGAGACUGAAAAUAGAUUCGAGUUGGAGUUAUGCUGGUGCAUCCAGCAAUUAGAAUUAAGCAUGACGUCUAAUAAAUUAGGGGACAAACAAGCCAGAGCCUCACAGAAGAGUUUGAAACUUCUGAAAAGUAACAAUGUGCCUUUAGUUCAGAAGAGGCAGAUAAUGAGAACGACUUUUGGUGAUUAUCGAGAGAAAAUGCUACAGGAAGAAAAGAAACACAAUAAAAAUUCUUCCACAGUGAAAAUCGUGACACCCAAACCUAAGGAAAAUAAAUCUCUAUUCUUGAAGAAAGCAAAGGGUCUGACUGUCAAUGAAUGUCAAGUGGAGAAUCCUGAGAUGGGAUCAAAUGGUCAAGACUGUGCUACUAACGUGGCACAGCUGUUUAGGCAGAGUCAGACUGAAGAACGAUUUCAAUUUAACUUCGGAGUUUCAGAUGUUAAUUAAAUUUUUAUUUUUG